GUUAGGCUGUCAACUUGAAGUUACACAUUUCAAGGGCAGUUUCAAUUACUUAUUGGUCUGAGCACACGUUACUGUACUCUUGCACGGAGUUAUAAGAAACAUGCUUUGCAGAGCUGGAGAAAUACGCAGGUGUGCUGCCAGCCUCAGCCAAAGCAUUUGUAAGAUAGCUGCAUCUAGGCAGAAGCACACACUUCCUGAUCUGACAUACGACUAUGGCGCGCUGGAGCCUCACAUCAAUGCAGAGAUAAUGCAGCUUCACCACAGCAAGCAUCAUGCCACAUAUGUUAACAACCUUAAUGUUACAGAGGAAAAAUAUGAGGAGGCUCUCGCAAAGGGAGAUGUGACUGCACAAGUUGCCCUUCAGCCUGCUUUAAAGUUUAAUGGAGGUGGCCACAUUAACCACACCAUCUUUUGGACGAAUCUCUCACCAAAUGGUGGCGGUGAACCCCAAGGGGAGCUGAUGGAGGCCAUCAAACGGGACUUUGGCUCCUUCCAGAAGAUGAAAGAGAAGAUGGCAGCUGUCACCGUAGCUGUUCAGGGCUCAGGCUGGGGAUGGCUCGGUUACGACAAGGAGAGCGGACGACUUCGCAUUGCUGCUUGUGCUAAUCAAGAUCCACUGCAGGGCACUACAGGUCUCAUCCCUCUCCUUGGCAUUGACGUAUGGGAGCAUGCCUACUAUCUCCAGUACAAAAAUGUGCGCCCUGACUAUGUGAAGGCUAUCUGGAAUGUAAUCAACUGGGAGAACGUGCACGAACGUCUACAGAUUGCCAAAAAGUAGAAAAGGCUCCUUAGUGCCCAUUAGCACCUAUUAUGAAAACCUUUCAAAUAAUAGAUAUAAAAAACAUUUUUGGUUAACAGCACUUGCCAUUCAAAGAUGUCUGUAGCAUUCAUAAAAAUAAAUGGUUCAAAGUGCUUUGCUGUUCAAAACAAACCACAUCCCCUUUAAUUAAGGAAAGAUCUGAAAACCAAAGACUUCUGCAAAUGCAAAUCACCAGAGUCUUGUUAAAGCGCACAAAAACUGGCCACCUUUUGACAUAGAACCUGUCUCUUGUUUUUCAUACCCAACUAACUGGUGCCACAGGGGUGCAUACUUAAAAUGGUGUGGUGACAUAGGGGCUUAGCACAACCCACGGAUGGAGGCCUUAGUCCUCGACGCGGCUGUCGCGGGUUCAACCUCUGGCCCCGACGACAUUUGCCACAUAUCUUCCCUUCUCCAUUCCCUCUUUCCUGUCAGCUUACUUUAAAAAAAAUACAGGCCACUAGAGCCAACAAAAUCCUUGGGAGAAAAUGUGUUUUUUCCAAAUCAGUGACACUAGGAUCAGACAAUAUAACUGCUGUCCAUGUUUUUGAUGUAAUAUAAUAAAAUAGUGUUUCAAUUGUACAAGCUUGACUUCUAUGUUUUACAAAUUGUCCUAGACAUUACACUUGCUAAUGUAUGGAUUACCAGCAAUGAAUGAAUAACUGAAUAAUUCAUACUGAAAUCGGA